UGUUUCAGCCAAAUAGUUGAAGUCGGCACUCUUCUGCUUCCUGCCUGCCUGCCUGCCUGCCUGCCCGCUUGCCUGCCCGCCCGCCCGCCUGCCUGCCUGCCCGCUGCCUGCCUGCCUCGCUUGCUGCGUGGCUGAGCGUGAGACAGAUAUUGAGAGGGAACCCGUGUCGGCAUGGACCUCUGACUGCGGCAUUAGGCAGCGUGCAAGGAAUGACAACAGUUCACAUGGUCAUUAACUCCCGUUGCUGAGGCAGACAGCCGCACUGUAGCUGCCACACAAGGUGCCUCCUGUGUCGGGGACAGCAGACGGCCAAGCUCGGGGACCUGCCCAAACCAGAUUGCUGACAGAAGGUUCCAUGUGAGACAGCAUUCCUACUGGAUGAUCCCUGGCUAGUUUUGAAGAGUUCUUGAGUUCGCCUCUAGUCACGAUAGGACACUUCACUUCAACACUUUCAACUUCUUCCUGUUCCCCAUUGUGGAUACAUUUUUGGAGACAUUGGGACAAGCAGUUAAACUCAUCUAGGACCAUGCUUUGUGUGCUUCGCCUGAGGUGCCACUUGAGUCUUGCUGAAUGAUGAACAAUCCCGUUUAACAGGCGAAUACGACUGCAGCAGUGCAGUCCCAUGCUCUGCUAACGCUCAAGACUUCACCUGUCCCUUUCCUGUCUACAGAGACCAAUCAAAUCCACUGACUGAAAGUGGAUAAUUUUCCGCUGUAACUUAUAUCAAUUGUUUUUUUCUUCUUCUGGAAUACGUUGUAACUGCUCCUCAGAGGACGGGCCUCCUCCUUUAACUGAGCAGCUCUCCCACAACCAAGCCAGCAACGCAGCCAUGGCUUUGAAUAUUGCCUCUAUACGUGACACAAAAUGGCUGACCUUGGAAGUGUGUCGGCAGUUUCAGAGAGGGACUUGCUCACGCAGUGAUGAAGAGUGCAAAUUUGCCCACCCAUCUAAAAGCUGCCAAGUGGAAAAUGGGAGAGUGAUUGCGUGUUUUGACUCUUUAAAGGGCCGCUGCACGCGAGAAAACUGCAAGUACCUGCACCCGCCCGCUCACCUGAAAACCCAGCUGGAGAUCAACGGACGCAAUAACCUGAUCCAGCAGAAGACAGCGGCUGCUAUGCUGGCCCAUCAGAUGCAGUUUAUGAUUCCCGGCACCACCAUGCAACCUAUGCAGACUUUUCCAGUCAGCCAGGGUCUCGGCUCCAGUGCAGGUUUGAGCUACACGCCAUACCUGACCCCCAUGUCGCACAGUAUGGGCCUGGUACCUACAGAAAUCUUGCCCAGCACACCCAUGAUUGUCCCAGGCAGCCCUCCUGCAUCAUUGGCUACUGCUUCAUCCGCCAACCAAAAAUUAUUGCGAACAGACAAGCUGGAGGUUUGUCGUGAGUUCCAGCGGGGCAACUGUGCUCGAGGCGAGACCGACUGCCGCUUUGCCCACCCGUGUGACAGCCCCAUGAUCGACACCAGUGACAAUACGGUCACUGUCUGCAUGGACUACAUCAAAAGCCGUUGUUCCCGUGAGAAGUGCAAGUACUUCCACCCGCCGGCCCAUCUGCAGGCUAAGAUCAAGGCUACCCAACACCAAGCCAACCAGACGGCAGUGGCUACGACAGCGGCCAUGACUCAGUCGACUGCCAAAGCAAUGAAGCGACCCCUCGAGGCAACUGUAGACCUGGCCUUUCCCCACAGCGUCCUUCAGCCGCUACCAAAGAGAGCGGCACUGGAGAAGAGCAAUGGUGCAAACUCCGUAUUUAACCCCAGUGUCUUGCACUAUCAGCAGGCUUUGGCCAACGCACAGCUCCAGCAGCAUGCUUUCUUUCCCACAGGGUCAGUCCUGUGCAUGACGCCUGCUAGCAGUCUUGAUCAUUCUAAAGUAAACGCCACAAAAGCGCUGGAUUGUGAAGGAGGUGCACUCCAAAACUCCAAUCUGCUCACGUGUAAAUACUAUUUUACCUCUCCCAUAGAGGUGCAGCAACCUGCAUGCUAAGAGUCUCACACAGAAAUGCACUUAUGGCAGUGUCAGUGCAACACACAGGCACCACAUAGUGUGUAUGAUUUUUUUUUAGUGACUCUAAAAGUCAAAUAUAAUGGUAAUGUACGUAUUGUGGUUGACACAGAAUAGGCACACCACAUUGAAACCCUUUCUUGAUUAUUUAUUUGAGGAAUUUCCACACAAUUUCUGUCCUUGUUUAGUAAACCACAAUAUGCUGGAUUUGCACUUUGACGUUAUGGUGCACUCUAUUGUACUUAGAGUUCGACAGUCACGGGAAACUUGUAACCACACUGACACGCUUUGAUGGCCUCAAGUGUUUUUGUCCAGUGGUGUGAGAGUGGCUCUCCUCAGAAUGGAAUGUGGCAGCUCAAAAGGGGUCCCCGCACAUACUGCAUCUGCCCUCGAUGACCUGAAUCGUAUCAACCCUGGAAGCAUUUUGCCAAAGCCCGACAUGGAGAAGAUGUUUUUUUUUUUUUAUCAUGUCCCAAAGCUGCUUGGAACAACAACACAACAAUGAUUUGUGGAGGUGCCGCCUUUUUAAACUGCAUCCAGCUGGGGUGGUCGGCUUGGUGCUCCGAGUCAGUGCCAAGGACUUGAUGGGGCUUAGUCCCAGACAUCCCAAGCCAUGUGUGUUUGUGGGUGCGCAUGAGAACGGAUAGUCUGCCGGCAGACAUGGGAGCAUGGCGGACUCGGUGACGGCAUGUUUUGGUGCUUAACCAAAUGCUGAAGACUUGAACUCGAGGGCUACCUGGCUCCACAAUCACCCGCAAUUCUCUUUCACCCUAGAAAACUGUAGAAGUGCCUAAACAUGCUCACCUGGAUGAUAGCCAGUUGCAGACAAGCUGGUGUCACGUUUAGCGUGGGGGAAGAAAAAAAUAUAUUUUUUUCUACCAACUGUCCAUUGAGAUCACAAGUGUCUUUCUGGAUCACCAACUAGCUCUCACAAUGUACCAUCAUUUAUUACCGGUAAUUUACAAGAGGAAUAUAUAUAAGUGAGAAGGUUAUAAAAAAAAAAAAAAAAAAAAAACCUUGCGUGUAAUGUAUAUAUGUAAUUUAGUUUCUGGUUAUAGAAUUGUGUUUAAAGUUUGUGCUACGUGUCCUUUCAAAAUAUGUUUGGACUUGGCUCCACCUGCACUUCAAGCAAGUCAAGGACAUGAAAUGUUCUUGUGUUGUUUUUUUUUAAACCAAUCAGCAUAUUUCAUAGUGUAAUAAGUUUUAAAGAUAAUUUAGGGAAAACUAUUUUUAUUUGUGUUUGUUCUAGCCCAAAACAAAUGUAAUUUCAUGGUGCUUGAUGACCAUUGACAAUCCACAACUUUGGGUUUCAUUCUCCUUGAUUGUCUUCAUGCAUCUCGUUGUGUGUUUUAUUUGGGAUUGGGGCUUAAAAGGUUUACUCUUAAUUUAUCUUUACUCUUUAUUGAUCUUCGCCCUCACGUUAAUUACUAUGUUGUAAAAAUAUUUGAAAUGAAUGUAACUUAUUGAGCUGUGUCACACCGUGCUUUGUCAGCGGUGGGGAGGUGGAAGCUUCCAAGUCCACCUAUAGACUGCUGGAAGCUGCUAGACCUAGAUGGCCUUCUUGCUGGAAAGAGGGAGGAAAAAAAAAUAAUGAUGUUUCAGAAGUGAGAGUGUAAGAAUAGAGUUGCUUGUGUUGUUGGAGAAACGAAAAUAUGUUUAUUGUAUAGAUGACAUUUUAGCCGAGAAAAAAAAGAGAAGGAAAGCUUUUAAAAAGGGUGUACUCUGGUAUGCUAGUAUUUCAUAACAAUAUUAAGUUGUUGCUGUGGCAACCAAAUGUUGCAGUUGCUAAACUUUGGUAUUUUUGUAAAAGACAUUGUUUGACCUACCCCCACCGAAUUACGUACACAAGUUAGAUCGUAGUCAAGACAUUAACAUUUCUUAUUCUUCACUGAGAUUGUAACCACAAACUAAUAUUUUCACUAGAAAACAACAGCCGCUGUAGAGCUGUGACACUCACUAGAAUGAAUCACCAUAUAAGUAUAUAAAUAUGUACACACAAUAACAAAAUCUAUCAACGUUGAUAAGGACCUUCAGGCUCUUCCCUGAUUUGAUUCGUUCAGUGUAAUGCGAGAGUUAAGGAUAGCACUUUUCACACUGGAGAUUCGCAACAGUCAACCAUGUGUUUUUUAAGUGAAUGUAGUUGCGGGGACGGUGCACUUGAGACGUCCUUGUUUUACCCACAAAGUCCUUGACGUGUAUUUUAAGCAUAGACAGUGGAUGGUAAGAGAAGGCCAACGGAAGAACUUUGGUUCUCUGAGCAGACUCUGGGUAUCCAAAUUCAUUGCCUUAUCUGAAGUCUGUUGGGUGUAUAUUGGUUUUUUUUUUGUCAACUAUUUGUAGAGACGUUCUUUACUCGACCCCUUCGUACUUUCAUUUCAAGUAAAGGUAUAACUAUUGCUAUGUGAAGCCAUGUUUUUUGAGUGGAAGCCAAAAUGGCUGAGUAUAACCGAGUCACCAGUCGAGGAUAAGGAACUUGUUGACCCGUGUUGUGUGAGAAAGUGUAAUUUAUUGUUUUGGCCAACAGAGGGGGCCACACGCGAGACGGUUGGAGACUGUGCCAUCCUUGCUUCUGUGCGCCCAACCAACCAUUCAAUAGUUUUGCUGUAAUCUUUUUGGGAGAAAUGUAUUCUUUAUAUUAUGUUCCUUUUAGUCAAAUGUGCUUUGGUUCCAGCGAGGCAGUGUAAAUUCUAUCGAAAGAAAGAAAUAAAAAUCAAUGUCACCUC